AUGUCUCAAGAUUUCAUUUUCGUGGUCGAGAAGACUGUCUGGCAAAACAAAAAAGAGGUCGUGAAGAGUGAAAUUCAAUGCUCAGACUCUGUCUUUCACGAACUUUUCAAUGUUCCCUAUCCAGUAGAUCCAGCAGCUGGACAUGUGAUUGGGGUCGAUGUGGAUGGCAAGAGUUUGGAUCUUUGUUGGCAAUAUGAAGUAACAAAAUCCAUUUCCAAGUCCGUAUGUCCAGUGACUGAUGGAACUUGGGAUUUGUUUAAAUUAUUCGCGAGAAAAGGUUUUCGAUUGUUGCAGCAACGAAAUUAUGAGAAAGUGGAAGGUGAUUCUCCUCUCAAAGGAAAAAAAGUUGGUGGAGAGAGUUUUUGUAAGGGAUGCAACCAAAUAAAUGAUGUGCAUCCUAUGUGGAAAGAAUACUUUCCAUAA